AGUGAGCAGGCACUGCGGAUCCCUUGCAGCAGCGGAGCCUACUUGGUCUGCCUGCGAUGCGGUACAAACACCGCACGAAGUGUGUACGGAUUCCCAGUCAGACAGCAGGAGGGACCCGGGAGCGGCCACGGGGCUGCUUUACCACUAGGAGACGAAGAGCUCAAGUGGGGCUUCUGUGCCCUGCUCCUUCCCUGGGCUGAGUUGGAUCCAGGACCAGCUGCUGCCCUCCUGUUCACUCCGGCACUGUCCUCCCAGCUCCGUCAUGACCCACCUGCUCACAGUGUUCCUGGUGGCUCUGAUAGGCCUGCCUGUGGGUAAGGUGGACAGAGCCCAGGCUCUGGAGUGUCACGUGUGUGCCUACAAUGGAGAAAACUGCUUCAAACCCAUGCGCUGCCCAGCCAUGGCCACCUACUGUAUGACCACGCGGACGUACUUCACCCCGUACCGGAUGAAAGUGAGGAAGUCCUGUGUUCCCAGCUGCUUUGAAACCGUGUACGAUGGCUACUCUAAGCAUGCAUCUGCCACCUCCUGUUGCCAGUACUACCUCUGCAAUGGUGCUGGCUUUGCUACCCCAGUGACCUUGGCCCUGGUCCCGGCACUCAUAGCUAUGCUCUGGAGCUUGCUGUAAAGCUUUGCCCCCGGAGCCAGAUCCACUUAAACGCGACACUCUUACAACACAGUUGCCCCCUCUCACCCAUUCUCUCCACCCAACCCUUUUCCCUCUGAGACUUCCCAGCUACCACGAGGUCCCUUGGCUAUCUACGAAAGGACUGGUGGCAUCCACAUACCUCACUCCAAGCUCAUUUUCAGUAGGCCGAGGUGUGGAUCUAUAAUGUGCCCAGCUGGGAGUGGGGCAAGCUGGGUUCCUCCUCUUCCCAGGAUCAGGGGCAUCUAAGAGAGUGUUGUUUAUGGGAGAGGGGCAACCAAUCAAGUCAAGGAACACUGAUUUGAUAGAAUUAGUAGCCAAAUGCUACCUUCAUAGCAUCAAGACCCUGCCUCAGUCUACCCAGUAGAGGAUAGGUCUGCUAGAGGGGGAAAAGAUAAUGAACUGGUUAGAAGCGGAGAAAGGCUCGACAGAGCUGUUUCUUAAGUCCAGCGGCUUCCCAGAGCAAAUUGGAAGCCGUGUGAGGAAGCCCUUUGUCAUUUCCUCGUGUCUGAGGAACUCUGCCAGAGCUGCUGCCUGGAUAGCCAUUGGCCAAGGGUCGCUAGCUACGGCUUCAUUUCCAGCCCCAUCUCAGCAGCAGGCCCCUUCACCUCUACUACAGGCCCUCAUCCACACACCGGCUGCUGGGCCUUGAGGCUGGCAGGGACAGAUGACCUGUGAUACAUUUUGUGUGGCUUGUACACUGGCCAGAACUAUUCUGGGCUUGUCAGGAAGGGAUCAGAAGCAGGUCAGAGCAGGUUAGUAGGGUGACGGCAGGUGACAGGGAAGCAGACUCCAGCCGACUUCCCAAGUCCCAUAGGCAGCUCCUACGUCCUUCUGUCUCUUGGUAAAUUAUCAGGAGACAAAUGUACGGGGAGUCAGCCCAAGUCCUAGGUGACUGCCUGUGAAGUCUAUUGUGGCUGAAGAAAACUGCUGGGUAUCAAGUCUCCGGAGAGCCUAGCCCAGAUUUAGGAGACACACAUCUUUUCAUGCAGUGUAGCUGUCCCUGGGAGCCUUACCCUGCUCUCUAACUAGUACCCCAACUCAUGUGCCACUGAGGACUCCCCUGAAGCUGACCCAGCCCAGGGGUCAGCAUGCUGGCCAAUGUCCACAUAGUGAGACUACCUAUGGAGAGUCCUAGUGGCCACCACAUCCUGCUGGUCACCACAUCCCACUGGUCAUCACAUCUUGAAUGUUUUACUUUCCAGCUUCCCAGUGGUGAAAGCUCAGGACACAAAGGUCCAUCCUGGGGACCUUCCUCCCGGUUCUAAGCAAACCUGAACUCCGUCUGCUGCUAGAGCUGAUGUGACUUUCUGCCUCCAUUUCCUCCAGUGACAGAGAUAGGUCACUGUUGGAUUUGGGAGGGUGGGGAAGGCACCCUGCUGCUGGGCUUGCCCAGAUUCUCAGGAACAGGAACUGUAGGGCUUUAUGACACACACAGGCAAAUUGGGUGGGAAAUGGCCUGGAGCUGAGGAGACACUGACUGCACAGAGGGAAGAUGAGUCUCAAGGGAGGCUAGGAAGGGGGAGGGAGGAGCACACACACACAUGCGCUCACAGACAGUGGCUACAGAAUCCAGAAGGCAGCACUGGCAGCACUGGCUGCGGUGUCCCCUGAGGCCCAGGCAGGAUGAUAGAAGCCAGCGCUGCCCCCACCUGAGCUUGCAUGGACCACACACACCACCACCACCACCAGCCAGCAUUGGGACUGACUUGUGGAAGCCAUAGGGCACUGGCAAGGAGGGUCAGAGGCGGGCCCCUGACUCAGCGGGUGAGGCCUGGGAAAUAUUACCCUGUUACCAUGCUUGUGCAAGUUCAUUGUCCCCAGUUAGGUGGCAUCCUCAGCCCAAACUGGGAGGAAUGCAAGAUCAGGUCCUCCCUCCCACCACAAGGGGGCGAUGCGGAAGAGGCUUGACUAUCUGUAGCCCCAAAGCGAGGCGCUGAGGGUGCUGCAGUGUUGGGCUCACGACUUCUCCCUCCUGUCUCUGGACACUGUCCAAAUAGGCCCCACAUGGCCCACACUGCCACUCAGCCCUACAGGAAGCACUGUGCCUAGCUAGCCUGUCUUUGGUGCUUAGCACAGAGCCCCAAAAGCUGCUCAAUUAAUACAGGGCCAAGUCUGCCAGUGGGAGAUGCAGAUUAGAGGAACAGACCCAGACGGCCUGUCCUGAAUCCUGUCUGGGGUGGUGUGAUGAACAUCUGUUUAGCUCACUGCAGAUGGCUCUACACACUCCACAGCAGUUCUACAGAAGUGUAUGGGGUGUUCAUCACUGGUCCCCACCCCCGGACAGGUAAAGACACUGAGGCACGGAGGAGUGGGGCACUUCGUCUUCCUGGGCCAUUCAUCUUUCCGGUACUCCUCCAACAGCCGGAGUUCUUUGAGGCUGGGCACCCUCAAGAUGAUAGUGGCUUCCUAAACCAGAGAAUUUCAGAGUGCGGUGUUAUAAGAGCUUAUGAACCUGAAACUUUAGGACUGGAGGUUUGAGGGGCUAAGGGGCAGGCCAGGGGUGUCCAGUCCUGUAUGGAGAGAGAGAGAGAGAGAGAGAGAGAGAGAGAGAGAGAGAGAGAGAGAGAGAGAGAGAGAGAGAGAUGGGGUGGAAUGGUAGAAGUACAAAGGAACGUCAGCCUUUGUCAGGGCUCAUCUGUCAGGGACUAGGGCUCAGGGCCGUGAGUGUUCUCACACCGUGAUAAGCAGUAGCCCCUCGACACAGACCGUGUCCGGGCGUCUGGCAGCGGUGAUCUAUUGAGUUGCAGUCUGGAAGCAUCGUGCACCUCUGUGGGACUUGAGGAAACUGGGUUAGCACGUGAAGCCAAAGCAAACUUCAGAGCAGAGAGUGAGGUCUGGUCUAGUCCACCAGAGAGAAGCCGUCCGUCGCCGCCGUCUCUGUGAUUGGCUUCCCCCAAAGCAGAUGGGAGUGGGGAGCGCAGAGCACCCGUGACCUCAUCGUCUGCCGCGAGCAUGUGAGUUCACAUCCUGAAACCCUAGAAAGACUUCCAGGAGUAGGGUGGCCCGACUUGGUACACGGUUACUUCGUGGCAAGCACGGUGGCAUCCUGCAGCACCAAGUGACCUGGCCUCCUCAAGCACAGACUCGUGUUCCAGCCAUUGGUGAAAUGACAGUGACAGUACCCUCUCAGCUGGCUCUUGGAGGCCCGCACCUGGGGUCUGCACAGCGGAGCCCCCAAAGGAUGCAUGGACACGUGAUGCCUGGCACAUCCCCUGGUUGUGUCUCUGCCAGCCCCAAGAUCUCACCCAGCAAGUACAUGAAACCCUCUUUUAUGUCACACCCCUUCCCCUAGCCAGCUCCAUCUACCUAUACGCCAGAGUGGUCCCCAUCAAUGUCCGUCCCCCGUUGAAUGAAUAAACAAGUGCAGGACGUGGGUCUCUC